GGUGAAACGAAAGAAGAAGGAGGUUAGAGGACACAUGUGUUAGAAACGUUAUACAAGACAUUAAAAAAAAUAGUUGUUAUGGAAACCAAUAGUAAUGGUUGCAAUCUCAAUAGAAAAGAUCCAAAAGUGAAGCGUCUCAAAACAUCUGGGACUGAACUGGAAGAAUUUGAUGCAGUAUUCACAGAUUUGGUAGAAGGACUUGUAAACCAAGGGAAACAACACAAGGAAAUAUCAGCUGCAGUUGAUUGGUUUAAAGAGGUAUGCCUGUACAAUGUACCAUUUGGGAAGAAGAACCGUGGCCUGUCGGUGGUGAUGACCUAUAAGAGGAUUAAUACUGACGCCACAGAGAGUGAACUCAGACAGGCCAGAGUACUGGGCUGGUGUGUAGAAUGGUUACAAGCCUUCUUCCUUGUUGCUGAUGAUGUGAUGGAUAAGUCAAUCACUCACAGAGGGAAACCGUGCUGGUACAAAAAGGAAGGUGUUGGAUUGAUUGCCAUCAAUGACUCAUUUUACAUGGAAAACUGUGUUUAUGCCAUCUUGAAAAGGCAUUUUAAACAAGAAGACUACUACACAGACAUUGUGGACCUGUUUCAUGAGACAACAAUGCAGACUGUGACGGGCCAGUGUUUAGAUCUGAUUACGGCCCCUGAAACCCAUAUCAACUUUGAUGAAUUUACAACGGAGAGAUACACAGCCAUUGUUAAGUGGAAGACAGCAUUUUACUCUUUCUAUCUACCUGUGGCCCUGGCCAUGUACAUGGCUGGGAUCAAAGACACAGCUACGCACACUGCUGCCAAGACUAUUUUAUUAAAAAUGGGAACAUUUUUUCAAAUUCAGGAUGACUACCUGGAUUGUUAUGGUGAUCCAGAGGUCAUAGGUAAAAUUGGGACUGAUAUCCAGGACAACAAAUGUAGCUGGUUAAUUGUACAGGCUCUUGCCAAGGUUGCACCAGAGCAACGACAGAUCUUACAGGAGAACUAUGGACAGCCAGAGGAAGACAAAGUGUUGAAGGUGAAGGCAGUGUACAAAGACUUAGACUUGGAACAGUUAUACCGGGACUAUGAGGAGGAGAGUUACAGACAGCUCCUUAAGGACAUCCAGUCAUUCCAGGGCCAGCUCCCUAAGGAGGUGUUUACAGACUUUGCCAGUAAAAUCUAUAAACGACAGAAGUGAAAUAUCAUUCUCUCCCAGCUAGAUAAUCUCUGUGCAAUACUGAUUGAGGAUAACAUCUAUAUAAUGGACAAGUUUGUGGAAUCGAGUCGGGCAUCCUUAAGAACUCCAGAUAAAUAUGUUAGUAUGAUAUUUGGUGGUAUGUAAUUUGUCUGAUAUAUAAGUUCUUUCUACUGAUGUCAGUCUAUGGAGUUCUGCUAUCUUUGCAAGAAAAACUGAAAUAAAUGGAUGAUCUGGAAAACAAACUUCAGUGUUGAGCUUAAUACUCAAUGUAAAAAGUGGCACUUCUGUAGUACAGUCAUUUUUGUGUGUGACUUUGAAGUGUUAUCGUUUUCUUGUCUACAGUCUUGAUAACAGCAAAUAACAAGAGGGUAAUGGCAUUAUCAAAUUGCUCCUACAGAUAUAUAAUGUGUGUGACAUUAUGUUAGUUAUAGGUAGGGUGUAUCACUGGUAAAUGUAUCCAUGCAUUUUUAAGACAUUUUGAGAUUAAAUGGUCAUAUAUCUUCAUAGUUUGCUUAAAGUUUGAUUUAAACAACAUUCCAGGGUAGGAUGAGCUACACUGUGUAACAGCCAAGGAAUAACAGGUGAAAAUACUGCCUUACUGACAAGCUAGCUUAUCCAGUGACAUGCUUACCUGUUCAGCAGUGUUGAGCUUGGUCAGGCUGGGUGGGUUACAUGCUCACUUGUUCAGCAAUGUCAAGCUUGGUCAGGCUGGAUGGGUGAGAUGCUCACUUGUUCAGCAAUGUUGAGCUUGGUCAGUGGCUGGAUGGGUGACAUGCUCACUUGUUCACAAUGUUGAGCUUGGUCAGUGGCUGGAUGGGUGAGAUGCUCACUUGUUCAGCGAUGUCCAUCUUGGUCAGUGGCUGGAUGGGUGAGAUGCUCCCUUGUUCAGCAAUGUUGAGCUUGGUCAGUGGCUGGGUGGGUGACAUGCUCACUUGUUCACAAUGUUGAGCUUGGUCAGUGGCUGGAUGGGGGACAUGCUCAGUUGUUCAGCAAUGUUGAGCUUGGUCAGUGGCUGGAUGGGGGACAUGCUCACUUGUUCAGCAAUGUUAAGCUUGGUCAGGCUGGAUGGGUGAGAUGCUCAGUUGUUCAGCAAUCUUGAGCUUGGUCAGUGGCUGGAUGGGUGAGAUGCUCAGUUGUUCAGCAAUGUUGAGCUUGGUCAGGGGCUGGAUGGGUGACAUGCUCACUUGUUCAGCAAUGUCAAUCUUGGUCAGGCUGGAUGGGUGACAUGCUCCAUUGUUCAGCAAUGUCAAGCUUGGUCAGGCUGUAUGGGUGACAUGCUCACUUGUUCAGCAAUGUCAAUCUUGGUCAGGCUGGAUGGGUGACAUGCUCCAUUGUUCAGCAAUGUCAAGCUUGGUCAGGCUGGAUGGGUGACAGGCUCACUUGUUCAGCAAUGUCAAGCUUGGUCUGGCUGGAUGGGUGACAUGCUCACUUGUUCAGCAUUGUCAAGCUUGUUCAGGCUGGAUGGGUGACAUGCUCACUUCUUCAGCAAUGUCAAGCUUGGUCAGGCUGGAUGGGUGACAUGCUCACUUGUAUUGAUAUCAUAGAGUCAAACAUGUUUAAGAGUAGCUUUAGUUAUCAGAUGGUCAUCUUUUUUCUUUUUAUCUAUGACUUACAGGUGUAUUGUAAAAUAUUUGAACAAUUUUUGUAAUGAAACACUUUAUUGGUCACUUAUUUAAAUUGUACUUCAUUGUCAUUCAUUGAAGAAACUUUUGAAUUGGAAUCAUCAAGCUUUAUUUCUGGAAAACAUGUUUUAACAGAAUAUUAGCCAAAAUUCUGAUAUGUUGAAUUGUCACCUUAUGUUGGUAUGGAAAUAUUUUGUUUUUUAUUUUCCUUGUAUUUUUUACUAUAUUUUUUUUUAUACAUGUACCAUAAAAUAUUUCA